AUGAAUGCUACGUGCUGCCUUUUCGCCAUCCUCUACCAUCGCGGCGUGUACCCAGCCGACUGGUUUAAAACAGUCCACAAGUAUGGAGGCGUUCCGGUGGUGACCUUGGUGGACGCUCUCCACUAUGUGGCAAAGGCUCUCCCGCAAACUUAUGGCAAUUAG